GGUAGGUGUCUCUUUCUCUAAGUGUUGGCAGCUAUCUUCUACCGGGUGAGUGGUCACGGAAGUCGCUGUCCCGCGUCUGGAACGUCCUUGUUGCUUGCCUCCGUCGCGCUCUGCAAGUCGUCUCUGCCACUACUUGGAGUUGAUCUUCAUUCAUCGUGUGCUUUCUUUCAUAAUUACUAUCCGACGCUUAAACAUCUUCCUGUUCCGGCACCUCUGGCUAACGACAAGCUUCACUGCUCACGAUGUCCAAUCGAACCAACUCCACAACCUCGCCAGCUCUCAUCACGCGAGAGGCGCUGUUUCAUCUUAUGGCUCUGUCACGCGAUACCUCUUUAUCUGACGAUGAGAUACGUGCUGUCGCACACUGCGUGAAUCACCGGAAUAUCAAUGAGGUCGUCGAUUCCUUUCGUGUCGUCCAUUCCAUCAAGUCUUCUUUUGCACAGUCAAACUCUCGAGCCUCUUCAGAGAAGGGCGCCGCGUUGUGUGCCGAGACCUUCUACAGUCUCUGCGAAGAGGAUCGCGUCAAAUUACGGGAACUCAGUCUUUACUGUCCCUUUACUCUGGCAUACAAGUCAUGCGUGCAUGGAAAUAGGUGUCAGCUAAAGGACAUAUGUCGUUGGGUAUGUGACAGACACUAUUUUUAUGGUGUUUCGGCCAAGUGUUGACCCCUUGUCCAGAGAACCUGCAAGCGACACAACUGCUAGAAGUCACACGAUGUUCGCGGCACUUGCUAUUCCGUUUUCAAAGGC